UACCGUGGCUUCUACUGACGCAAAAUCAACGGAACUAUGUCUAUGUAGUAAAUAUUAAUUUCUCAUCAGAAAAUAAAAAUGCAGAACAAUAGCUGGCGAUGCAAUUAAAGUAUGUGUUGCCCAAUGGACCGCGGUGGAGCCGGAACACCUAGCAUAGCUUACAAAGUUUUCUCGUUUGAAGACACUAAGAAAAACCCACCGGAGUCACUGACUGUGUCCAUACCCGAGGUUCUUAAUCCACAAUACGGCAUGUAUGUGUGGCCUUGUGCAGUGGUGCUGGCUCAGUAUCUAUGGACACAAAGACACGAGUUGAAAGGCAGGACAGUGCUGGAGCUUGGUGCAGGUGUGAGCCUCCCAGGUGUGGUGGCUGCAAAGUGCGGUGCAAAGGUGAUCUUGUCAGACAGCGCGAAGACUCCUCAGUGUCUGGAGAACUGCAGACACAGCUGUGAAGCUAACGGCCUCCGUGAUGUGGUCGUGUUGGGUCUCACAUGGGGGGAGGUCUCCCCUGAUCUCGUUCUGCUUCCUAAGCUGGACUUCAUCCUGGGAUCAGAUGUUUUCUACGAGCCUCAAGAUUUUGAAGAUGUCCUUGUGACUGUCGCUUUUCUUCUAAGAAAAAACCCCAGAGCCCAGUUCUGGACCACGUACCAAGAGAGAAGCGCCGACUGGUCGAUUGAACCGUUGCUCCACAGGUGGAAGCUGAACUGUGUCGACAUUCAUCUGGAGAAAUUUGAUGCUGAUAAGUCUGAGCUUGCUGGAUCGACUCUACCAGGCAGCCACAGUGUCCAGAUGAUGAUGAUCAGACUGAAGACAGACUGAACGUUUCCCAGAGGACGAUCCAGGGAGAUAACGAGAUGCUGAUCAGGGCUUGUUAAAAGAAUCAUCUUGCUCUUUAUUGUGAACUUGGAUGAACUGUAUUUUGAUCCUUUGGCAACACGUUUUUGGAACUUUCAUGUCAAUAAAGCUUGUUUGAAUUUGAAUCUGAAUCUCAGAGAGAAAGAGAUGAUGCAGUGAAACAGCUCAGAGCGAGCAGUCCAGAUACACUGAGGAGCUCACAGGCAUGAUGGUGGACUCGACAGUGGAGCUGAUCUCAGAGUCACCUCCACCUGCUCUGGUUCCUCUGUGAGUCUCUGCUGGAUGAAGCUCUCCUCUCCACUCUAUCUCCCAGCAACAUGGACCAGUCAGAGCCUCUCUACACACAAGCUGCUGCUGCUUCAAUCUCCUGAUCAUCAGGACACAGCUCAUCCUCUCUCAACACACACACACAUACACACACACACACACACACAAACACACAGUAUGUUCACAGCACCUAUUUAACUGUACAUCUUGUCCAUAGAACAUCCAUCUGUAUAUCUGUUGAUUAGAUACUGUAUAUCCUGCACUUGCUGCCUUUGCGCUUCUGGUUAGAUGCUA